AUGGACGAGGCGUACGGAACGAGAACUGUUUUGAAUUCCUCCCGACUUGAGGAGGAUCCAAAAUACGCCAUGAACCCAGUGGACCUCCCGCAUAACAGCAUGAACGCAAACUAUAUGAUGAAUGGAGCAGUGUUAACCAAUGGCUACAGUCCUAGUGACUAUGUCAUUAACAGAGAAAGCUAUCCACCUGACAUGAUGCCACAAUUUAACAUAGAUCAGGGGGCAAACCCAUACAACAACACAAUGCCAAUGAACAGUAUCAUACAUACAGAUCCAAAUGACUCCAUAAGCAUGCAAGGAAUGAAGACAGGUCUGGAUACGACAACCGGAUUUGAUAGUUACACAAAUUUGAUGAAUUAUAACAACACACAGAACACCAUUCAAGCUAACCAAGUCCCAUUGAACUUCAACGAUUAUCAUUCUGGGGAAGAUAUGAUGUACAUGAAUUACCCAAGCACAGGUGAUCACUUCUCCCCUGACUAUCUUAACACAUUCCCAGCGAAAGAAACGGAUCCUAUGACUUAUGCGAACAAUUUUAGCAUCCCCAAUGGAAAUUUCAACACCAUGCUGAGUGAAAAUAAUAAUUACAAUUAUAAUAGCAUGCCUUACUCUAUGCCCAUCUUUGAAAAUAUGAAUAACCCUCAGAUGUACAUGCAGCAGAUGAAUCCCAAACAGGCUGUCCUCCCUGGCCCGACGCCUAAAAUGGACCAUACCUGCAGCAUUAGGAAAAUGCCUGCCGUUAGCAAGAGGAAGAUUAAGGCGAAGAAAUUUUUCCCAUGCUGUUAG